GACUCUUUCCAUUGCUUUGCCCACCGAAAAAGAGCCGGUUCCCUGGAAGAUGCUCGAGAAAUACGACGCCAUCCUGUCCUACACAUCGCUCACAGACCUGAUUUUCACCAAGACUAGUGAUAACGUGUUUAAACUGAUGUUCAUGCUUCUGGGGGAUAUCAAAAACGCAUGUGUACUGGUGGAGAAAUGUACUCCCAUUUCCCGUCAAUAUCUGCUCAGUCUUAAAUUUAAGGAGGUCCAUCGCGGCCCUCAAUACGGCGUGAUGGCUUAUUCCAGGAAUGACGACCAAGAGGACGAGAUGGAAGUGUCCUCGUGAAUCCCAAUUGUACUAUGAAAUAGAUGACAGUAAAGCUUUUGUAAUCAUGACCAUUGAGAACCGAGUCGAUGUGGAUGCCCCCUUGUGGGACCAGUCCACGUUCUACGGGCGGUUCAGGCAUUUCGCAUGGAUGACCAAUCCACUCAACACCUUGGCCUCCGAUGCUGAACUCAUGAGUGCCAAACAACUCGUUGAUCAAUUCCGGAAAGGCCAAGAACCACCAGAAACCACUCAAAAGCAGCUGAUCAAUGCCAUGAAGCUCUAUCAAUCAUCAUUUCACCCCGACACGGGCGAGUUGCAGAAUGUGUGUGGUCGCAUGUGCUUUCAAGUGCCUGGAGGAAUGACAAUCACUGGGGCAAUGCUGCAGUUCUACAAGACCGUGCCUCAGAUCGUGUUCUGGCAAUGGUUCAAUCAAUCUUUCAAUGCUCUGGUCAAUUUUACCAAUCGAAACGCCGAGUCUCCGGUGUCCAAAACACAAUUAGCAUUUGCCUAUGCAUCGGCCACCUUCAGUGCUUUGGGAACAGCCAUUGGACUGAAGAAAGGUCUGGAGAAGUUGACACCGCCCGUGGUACAACGUUUUGUUCCAUUUGUGGCUGUCGGGGCUGCGAAUUGUGUCAACAUACCAUUGAUGAGACAAACCGAGUUACUCCAGGGUGUGGAUCUCAGAGACGAGGACGAAUUGAAAGUGUGCAGCUCCAAGUUCGCCGCCCAGAAGGGCAUCACUCAAGUCGUCAUCAGUCGGAACAUCCUCAUGGCCCCAGGAAUGGUCUUAGUGCCCGUGAUCAUGCAAAGACUGGAAAAGCGGCCCUGGUUUGCUCGAAUGACCUUUCUUCAUGCGCCAUUUCAAGUUUUGGGAGUAGGGACAUGCUUGCUGCUUAUGGUUCCGAUCGGAUGUGCGGUUUAUCCCCAAAAUUGUGCCAUUUCUGUCGCUGAAUUGGAGCAAAACGAUUCGGAUGCUUUCCAAGAACUCAAAAAGAAUUAUGGAGCACGACCGCUUCCUCAAUAUCUUUACUUCAACAAGGGCCUUUAAAGCAACGUAGUAAUGCAUAGCAAUUUAGUAGCCACAGAUAUUUUUAUAGAAAUACUUUAUUUUUACUUGAAACGGCACGAAGAGUUCCAAAGCAAAAGAAUUGAUAUGCCCAUUUUCUCAGAUUUCUACGCGCUCUGUCAUCAACAACGAUUUAUAGUUGUUGUUCUGCGUGAAAUGAAAAACGCAUUCCGUUAAUAAAUCUAAUCGAGAACGCUA